GCUCUUCCCGACCCGACAACGACAUCAUCUGCGCUCGAGCGCAUCACUCACCUCCCCUCCUCCUCCUCCGGACCUCCGCCUCCCACUGCCCAGCGCGACCACCGCCAGCAUCAACGUCCCCCCACCCAUUCCGCGCACGUUCCCCCGGAUGCUACUGCGGGCUCGCUCGCCUUUGUGUCUGUGCCAUUGUGCGUGUUUCAAGGGACAUUGAGACACGAGACUAUUCGUGUCUGCGCAGCCGAGACGCUGGUCUGGUCGGCUCUUGCCGCAUUCCAUAGACCUCUUUGUUCAACCUCGCCGUUGGCCGAGCGCGAGAUUGCGACGAUUUCGAACGAGAACAAGAGACGUUGACCGUCGCUCGUCCGCACCGCUCACACUAUGGCCGUCUCUAUGCUCCAUAACCCGUCCCGCGCAUCGACCUCCUCCGCAGGCUCCAGCUUCGUCCCAGUCACGCGCCAGAACACCAUGAGCUCUCAAGAGGGUUCGCGCUCCAUGCGCACCUCAAAACGAUACUCGGUCACGGCACUGUACAUGUCGAUGAACCAAAACCAAAGAGAUCUGGAGAUUGAGGACGACCUAGCAAGAGCCCAGAAAGCACUCAGAGACCUCAAGGCGAAGAUAUCAUCUCAGUCCAAGAAGAACUUUGUGCUGGAGAAAGAUGUGCGCUAUCUCGAUUCGCGGAUAGCACUGCUCGUGCAAAAUCGCAUGGCCCUAGAAGAGAAAGAAGAAGUCGCCAGCCACUUGGACGAUUCUGUCGACCUCACCGAGGGCUCAUUCCCAAACGAUGAGAAGACGCAGAAAUAUGGCAACCUCAUGUUUUUGCUCCAAAGCGAACCCCGACAUAUCGCGCAUUUGUGUCGACUUGUCACAAUGGCCGAGAUCGACCAGCUAUUGCAAACAGUCAUGUUCACGAUAUACGGUAAUCAGUACGAGAGCCGAGAAGAGCAUUUACUUCUUACUAUGUUUCAAUCUGUUUUGACAUUCCAAUUCGAUAACACACCCGACUAUUCAUCAUUACUUCGAGCAAACACUCCAGUAUCACGAAUGAUGACCACAUAUACACGCAGAGGACCGGGACAAAGCUAUCUGAAGACAGUGCUCGCCGAAAGAAUCAACUCGUUAAUCGAGAUUAAGGAUCUAGACCUUGAGAUCAACCCUCUCAAGGUCUACGAAAGCAUGAUCGACAAAAUAGAGGCGGAUGGAGGAAAUAUGCCACAAAGUCUGCCCAAAGGCAUCACCGCGGAGCAGGCUGCAGCGAACGAGAAUGUCCAGCGCAUUAUUGCGCCACGCAUCGAUAUGCUCAUCGAAAUUGCCACUUCAUUCCUGGACACCAUCAUCGAUGGCCUCGAGGAAACUCCGUAUGGUAUUCGAUGGAUAUGCAAGCAGAUACGAAGUCUCACGAGACGAAAGUAUCCGGAUGCUCAGGAGCAAACAAUCUGCACACUCAUUGGAGGUUUCUUCUUCCUGCGCUUCAUCAACCCAGCGAUCGUCACACCAAGGUCAUACAUGCUCAUCGAACAAACUCCAGCCGAGAACCCCAAGAGGACAUUGACAUAUGUCGCAAAGAUGCUGCAGAACUUGGCCAACAAGCCCAGCUAUGCAAAGGAGCCGUACAUGCAAAAGCUUCAACCUUUCAUUCAGCAAAACAAGGAACGCAUCAACAAGUUCAUGAUGGAAUUGUGCGAGGUUCAGGACUUCUACGAAACACUGGAGAUGGACAAUUAUGUAGCUCUUUCCAAGAAAGACCUCGAGCUCUCCAUCACCCUGAAUGAGGUAUACGCCAUGCACGCUCUCCUGGAAAGGCAUCAAGUGGAGAUCGCAAAGGAGGAAAGCACACAUCUCAGUCAGCUCCUAGCUGAGCUCGGUCCGGCACCAGCACAGCUACCAAGAAAGGACAACAGGGCGAUCAAUCUACCCCUGUACAGCAAAUGGGAAACAUCUCUUGACGACUUUACGGCGGCUCUCGAUAUCACACAGGAAGAAGUCUACUUCAUGGAAGCGAAGUCGACUUUUGUUUUGAUACUACGAUCCCUACCAGCGAAUUCGGCAGUCCUGCGGCGGCCUUUGCGCUUGGACAGAGUUGCAGAAGCUGCUGCAACGACGAAGAAUGACUCCGUGAUGGUUCGCAAGGGUAUCAGAGCUAUGGAAUUGCUCAAUCAGCUGCAAGAGCUAGGCAUCAUUGAUAAGGACGACAGUUAUGCCGUGCUCAGAGACGAGAUCGAACAAGAACUAAUCCAUCUCGGUUCUCUCAAAGACAAGGUGGUGGCGGAGACGGACAAACUGGAAGAGGUGUUCAAGACCAUCCGUGAUCACAACCAAUACCUCGUAAGUCAGCUGGAGACGUACAAGAGCUACCUUCACAACGUAAGGGGGCAAUCAGAAGGCACGUCGAAGCGAAACCAAAGCGCCAAGCUGCUUGGCCCGUACAAAUUUACUCAUCAAGAACUGGAGAAGCAAGGCGUGAUUCAAAAGAGCAACGUGCCCGAGAACCGAAGGGCGAACAUCUUCUUCAACAUCACAAGCCCGAGCCCUGGCACUUUCGUCAUCAGCUUGCACUACAAAGGCCGCAACCGCGGUCUGCUGGAGCUCGACCUGAAGCUGGACGAUCUUCUGGAAAUGCAAAAGGAACAACAAGAAGAUCUCGAUCUGGAAUAUGUGCAAUUCAACGUAACCAAGGUCCUUCAAUUACUGAAUCGGCGGUUUGCCAGGAAGAGGACAUGAUCUGGCAUAUUUGUACGACUAUUCUUCAUCAUUCAAGCGUUAUUGCUGGUUGCGACGGCAAGUGGGAGGCUGUCUGAGCAGAUUUCACAAGAGGAGGCGGUUGUUGUAGAAUGGAUGGCCGGAAGGGACUUGUGGCCAGUGUGUGUUUCUUUUGCGUUUAUUCAUUUUGUGAUACCCGAAUGGAAAGAAGGAGAAGGCUUGAAAAGCGUUUCUGAUGAUCUGUGUGUGCGACUGUAUGAGUAGCAAGUUUGGCGUUGGGAAGCGGACGGAGAAGCAAACACUAUCAUCAUCAACACCACCAGCAGCAGUAUACCCAUUGCAUCUACGUCCACCACAAGAACAAACGGAGGGAACUACUAUUAUAUGAGGAGGAGAGGAGGAGAGCAAUAAUGUUGGGGUGAGUGGUGUAAGACAGACCCGACCGAUCUGAAUGCAAAGAUGGAACAUCCACCCUCUUUCAAGAACCGAGUAGCAGUAGCGUUCGCCGCCCGGGUGGUAGAUUGUAUCUCAAUAGAGGCAUAAUCUGCUUCUCCCAAUG